CGUCGGCUCGUCGCCGUCCGAGAGUUGUGCAUCAGCGAUCACGUAUACGUUAACCACCGCUACGUACGCCAGUUUGCGCGGCCGCACGCGGAUUUUCCGCAUCCGGUACCGCUAUCCGGCGAGCGGGUAGCACGCGCGCGCAGACGACGUCUGAAGCGAGCCGACCACGUGAGAACAUUUCCGUCGUCGUCGAGGGCGACCUAGACGCCAGGCGUCUUGUUUUGACAGCGUGAUCUCGGCGUGGCUCUCGCGACGAGAGGGAGAGAGGGAGGGGGAGGAGGGUUGCCGCUCGCCUUUGUGCCGGCGAUAGAGCGUAGACGCAGAGGCGGUUCGGUCUCUCUCGCUCCAGCGCGCACGAGGGUGAGAGACACGGGGAGACUGACCGUGAGUGGGGCAGAGUGACGCGCCGGGAGGGAGCGAGAAAGUGGUGGGUGCUUGGGUGGUAGGAGAGAAGGGAAGGUCGGCGCUGACUCGCGAGGGACGACGCGUGUGCCGAGAGGACUGUUGUUUUCGGCCAACUCUCCUAAGAAACGUUCAUUCACACGAUCGAAAGGCUGCGAAGCGCGCGCUCGCUCCUCGCGUCCCGCUAAUUCGCGCGCUCCUUUCGCGCACGACUCCGUGAUCGGUAUCGCGAGCGACGAUUUCCCGCGGACACCUGUCACGCGCCACCGUGAGACAUUGACCGUGACACUUGAAUCAACCCGCCGGGAGUGCGCGCGAGAGGGACGACCCUGCGUGAUUCUAUCGGAUAUUCGGUCGAUCGAGAAAAUGAUGACGGAUUGCAUUCGCGAGCGAAAGCGGCUGAAAACGUUCUCCGAGUCCAAUUUGUAGCUGAUGGAUCUGGAGAUAGAGCGAAGCUGAUUCGCCGCGGAAAGUAUGACUCGCGGUGUUCUCCGGAUUGAACUGUCACUCGACGGACUUGAGCAGCGAGAAAGAGAUGCAUUCGUGACAAAAAGUGAUUAGCUCAUUAGCGUUCUCCAAAGUGGAACCUUGGAAGUGUGACCGUUGGAUUUACGGUGAAAGAGUGCACCGAUGACGGAGCGUAAUUUAUCCUAACUGUUUAUCAAAUUCGCCAUCGCUUGAAAAGAGAUUGGAGCGGAAUGCUUUUAUAAGACUCGAUGACUGAUCAAAGUGUAUUCGUAACGUGACUCUAGUGCAUUAUACAUGUAUUUAUACGUGUUACGUGAGUGAAGUGGACGCAAGCACGAGUCGGCCUACGAGAGUGUUAUCUUUCGCGUGAUUCUCGUGUAACCCGCGAUAGCGCGGGUUCCCCGUAACGAAGGUGGCUCACACGGCUAGAGAUAGGACCGCCGAAUUGCAGGCGGAAGUACGCAGCGCCAUAAGGGUGCUGCAUGGCUGGUGCCCCCGCCCGCCCCAGGGGCACGCGCGGGGCGAAACAGUGCUGAUGUCACCGCAGUCCCAGAUACGCGCUAAUCACGGAAGAAACGGCGGUCCACCUCCGCCGCCACCCGCCACAGUCGUAGUCAGCUCGACUUCCAGCAUGAGACCACCGCCGCCACCGCCGCCUCCCAGAGCGAGGACCUCCAACGAGAGCAAGGGCCAUCACGAGGAACCCACCAGUUCUAUUCCCGAUCUCGAAUUCGACGGGACCACCGUGUUGUGCCGAGUCUGCGGUGACAAGGCGUCCGGUUUUCACUAUGGAGUCCAUUCCUGCGAGGGAUGCAAGGGCUUUUUCCGCCGGAGCAUCCAGCAGAAAAUUCAGUAUCGGCCGUGCACCAAGAAUCAACAGUGCAGCAUCCUCCGGAUCAACAGGAAUCGCUGUCAGUAUUGCCGUCUCAAAAAGUGCAUCGCCGUCGGCAUGAGUCGUGAUGCGGUGCGAUUCGGCCGAGUGCCAAAACGCGAGAAGGCCAGGAUUCUGGCUGCCAUGCAGCAGAGCUCCCACAGCCGUUCUCAGGAGAAGGCGGUAGCGGCCGAACUGGAGGAUGAACAACGUCUCCUCGCGACCGUGGUGCGAGCCCAUCUCGACACAUGCGACUUUACCAGAGACAAAGUGGCUCCCAUCCUCGCCAGAGCUCGCGAGACCCCCAACUACACCGCGUGUCCACCGACCUUGGCAUGCCCCUUGAAUCCUAAUCCGCAACCACUGACCGGGCAGCAGGAACUGCUACAGGAUUUCUCCAAGAGGUUCUCGCCAGCUAUACGCGGCGUCGUCGAAUUCGCGAAACGCAUACCUGGAUUCAGCCUGCUGGCUCAGGACGAUCAGGUCACGCUACUAAAGGCCGGCGUUUUCGAGGUGCUGCUCGUGCGACUGGCUUGCAUGUUCGAUGCUCAAACGAACAGUAUGAUCUGCUUAAACGGCCAGGUGCUCAAGCGAGAGUCCAUCCACAAUAGUAGUAACGCGCGAUUUCUAAUGGACUCGAUGUUCGACUUUGCCGAGAGGGUCAAUUCCUUGCGAUUAUCCGACGCCGAGCUGGGACUGUUCUGCUCGGUCGUGGUGAUUGCCGCCGACAGACCCGGGCUUCGCAAUACCGAACUGGUUGAACGUAUGCACAAUAAGCUCCGAAACGCUCUACAAACGGUACUCGCGCAGAAUCAUCCCCAGCAUCCCGACAUUCUUCGCGAGCUACUGAAAAAGAUACCUGAUCUAAGAACUCUGAAUACCCUCCACUCGGAAAAACUCCUGGCGUUCAAAAUGACCGAGCAGCAACAACAACUGCAGGCUCAACAGCAGCACCAGCAGCAGCAGCAACAGCAAACGCACGUCAUCACCGCUCAACAACAAUCACAUUGGCCAAUGGAGGAAGAGCCUCCGGCAUCCUGGGGCUCCGCUUCCGACGUAACUCUAGACGAAGCGGUGAAAAGUCCGCUCGGUAGCGUAUCGAGCACCGAGAGCACUUGCAGCGGCGAAGUUGCCUCCUUGACGGAAUAUCAUCACGUUGCACCACCAAGCGGUCAUCACGCCUCGAGCGCGCCUCUCCUGGCUGCCACUUUAGCCGGUGGACUCUGCCCGCAUAGACGACGAGCGAACUCGGGCAGUACCAGCUCCGGCGACGAUGAACUCCAUCGCGCCACCAUGUCGAAGACGCCUCAGCCGCCGCAAUGCCCGCGAUUUCGCAAACUAGAUUCGCCAAGCGACAGCGGAAUUGAAUCCGGCACCGAGAAGCCCGACAAACCGGCCAGCAGUAGCGCCAGCAGCGCACCCACGUCCGUAUGCUCGAGUCCGCGUUCGGAGGACAAGGAAGUCGAGGAUAUGCCGGUGCUGAAACGCGUGCUCCAGGCGCCACCGCUGUACGACACCAAUUCAUUGAUGGACGAGGCUUACAAGCCGCACAAGAAAUUCCGCGCUUUGCGUCAGAAGGAUAGCGCCGAAGCCGAGCCGGCCGUGGUGGUCCAGCACACGCAGUCUCAGCUGCAUCUGCAUUUGACUUCGCCACCGGCGCGAAGUCCGCCCACUCAAACGGCGCAGCCCCAGUGCCCGCAGACGGCGAGUUUGCUGAGCAGCACGCAUUCCACCCUCGCGAGGAGCCUGAUGGAGGGCCCGCGGAUGACGGCGGAGCAGCUGAAACGCACGGACAUCAUACACAACUAUAUCAUGCGCGGCGAGGCCAGCCCCAGGUCGCCCACGGCAUCGCCGUCGCCUGCGGAGCAAUGCGCAUCGACGACUACCGCGACAGCGCGCACCACGCAAGGAUCUCAGGGUCUCUUGCAAUGCGCCACCACGAGCUACUCGAACAGGUGGCCGGCCACUUCGGUGAUCACGACGACGACGGGCGCGCGACAGCAGCAGCAGCAGCAGCAGCAGCAGCAACAACAACAACAACAACAGCAGUCUUCCUCGGACUAUCUCGCUGUUGGCAAUUCCCCGGCUUCGUCACCGAGAUAUCUAUCCGCGGCGGCGACCAGCAGUACGAGUACGAGUCCGAGGCCAACCUCGAGUACAGCGGCUACGUUGGUAUUGGCUGGCUGUCCGCCCAAUAUGAUGGAGCUGCAAGUCGAUAUCGCGGAUAGCCAGCAACCGCUAAACCUCUCCAAGAAAUCGCCAUCCCCGUCGCCAUCACCGAGACCGCUCGUCGGACCAUGCAAGGCCCUCUCCCUCGAGGCGUAGUGUUCUCGCGAACUCGAGUGACCUCCCGUGACACGUACUACGACACGUACUAAAUCGGGAUACACGAUCCACCUGUCAUCCAUCAGCGUGCGCUAAUCGUCGUCGUGACGCGGUAUAACCUUCCCCGGCUCUUAACUAAAAGCGAAAGUGCCAGGACGCUCUGAGCGCGUGACAAACCAAAUAAUUUAUUAAUUUAAACUACUUAUUGCUACAAAAAAAAAAUCGCGCGAAAAAAAGGAGGUGGAAGUUACGGAGGAACGGACGAAGUACAUCUCCGCGUAUAUUUAUGAGGAAGACAGACAUUCUCAGUGGCGAGUUGCUUUUUUUCGAGUGUGCGAAACGACGAUGGACAUCGUGGACGGACGCUUGCGCGUUGAGUGCCGAUCCGAUGAGAGCAACGAUGCCGUAUAAGGGAGCCACCUAUCCACCUAAAACUACCUAUCUACCUGUCUACCUACCUAAAACCUAUCUGCUCUAGGUGUACAUCUAGAAGAUAGAGCAUCAGCGACGGAAAAAAAAUAAAAGGUUGAGUGUUACAGAAAUUAAUAAUCUAUCUACAUGUGAUAAUCAUGGAAAUCGCGCAUCCUGUACAGUCUCCACCUCAUUCAUCGAUCAUCUACUCUACUAUAAUUAUUGAAUAUUAUAAAACUAAUUAAUAUUAUUGUAAUAUGUGUAAGGUAUUAUAAUCGUAAAAAAAUUAUCAUUUUUUCGUGUACGUGUGUAGAAAAAAAGACGUAUGAUAAUCUUGCGCAAAUGACGAGAGGAAGACGUAGAGAGAAUGAGAUGAAACGAGAGCGAGUGACGAGUGAACGUGCUUGUGCAAAUGAGUCGGGGCAAAUCGAAAAGCUUUUUGAUCGCGGUGGCAACCGAGAGAGAGAAUCGCACACGCGAUUUUGAAGAUAUAAACGUUUUGUUAUGAGACUGAUCGGCCCGCCGCGGCCACUAGUUUGCAAUUACCGUACCUUUAUACACUACGUGUCGUGUCUCUCCGUAACGGGGGAGUAACGACUCGAAAAGUAAUUAUAUCCUCUAAUCGCGCCGUAUAGCGAGAUAGGUAUUGUAGGCCCGCUUAAACGCGUUAUACAAUAUAUGUGUCGUGUGUGCAUGCAUGAAAGUCUGAUAGAUCGAGAUAGGAUUGCGAGAAAGAAAAAGAAAGAGCGAGAGAAUGAGAGAGAGAGAGAGAGAGAAAGAGAGAGAGAGAGAAAGCGAGAAAGAGAAACAAAGUGAGAGAGUGAGAGAUGAAACAAAGGUAGAGAGAGAGAGAGAGAAGCCGCGAAGCGCACGAGCAAAGCGGAGUUCCGAUAGAAAGAUUGAUGGUAAAACGCAGUGUAAAUAGUAGAUUCAUAAGGCUAUGUCUUGAUAGGCGCGAGUGAACCUCUUUUGCUUCGAGAAAAUCGCGAGGAAAAGUUAGAAGAUACGCGGCGGGCCGCCGCCGACGUGUUGUUGAGACGCCUGCCCCCCUUCCUCCUUCUCCCCCUCUCCCCUGUUCCCCGCCUAACCAUCCGCAUAUCUCAAUCCCAGCAUAAAUAUCGCAUCAAACACGCAUAAAAAUCCACAACACCGCUGAGCGAGUAAACUGAUCUUGAGACAGUUGUAGAAACACUUAUGCCUCCUUUUGAGACGGACUAGAUUUCCUUGAUUCGAUCUAGAAGGAACUUGCUUCGAGUAGUUCGUAACAUCUCGGUCUAUAGACCGGCGAUUGCAAGCUAAGAUGCAAUCGCGUUCGGUCAGAUUAAAGGGAAGCUGAUUCGCGUCAGAACGAGGCAUCAAAGGCACUUUCAGUCUAUCUCCCCAGCUAGAAUAUAGCCUAACCAGAGUAUUCCUAAACACCCAGCUUAGAGGCCUCUGUAUUUAUUGUAUUUAAGAGAGUGCAUUUCUCCCCUUUUCGCCGUGUAGCGUGAUAUCACACCUAUCCCCGUUUGUUCUCAAACGAGUCCUCGUAUAGAAUCCUCCUGGCUCUCUUUACAAAAUACACACACAUAUACGCAAGACAGACAUAUUUACACGACAGCGACACACAUGCACACUAAAGCGAACACUUGUCUUAUCCCCUCCCCCCGCAGACAACCUAGCGUUGAUAUUCGUAAUACUUGUUAUGCAUAAACUACACAUAAUUAUUAUAGUGAACGAUACAUAUAAAGUAUGAUAUAUUUCCCUAUCCAUUAAGAAGGAGAAUACAAACAGCUGUUGUUUCUGGUGGAAAAAAACGAAAAAUAUGGAUAUAAAACGUACUCUACUACAUGCAAGAAUACAAAUGCAGCCCCGCAUAUUGCCCAGUGAGCACGUCAUUUUGUACGCUUGGGAGUUGUGAGGUCGUCUGAAUAAACAUUGUCUGGUGAAUUAUACAUAAAAAAA